AUGUCGACCGCAUCUCCCACCCCAAUGAGGUACCACAGCGGCGCAGGACGCAUACGGUCUUCGCAAUCGUCGAUACGAUCAAUGCAGCGUCGCGAGUCGCCGCUGCAGGUUUCUGUUCUGGGUCGAUCGCAUAGGUCUUCCACGGACGCGCCGUUGGCGACGGCGCCGCAGCAGCCAGCAGCGAUACAAAACAUCGAUAUGGGGGACAGUUCCGAUGACGAAAUCCCACAGCCUAUGAAGCUAAGUGCAUUGACGACUGCGCUGCUGGCGCAAAACGAGCUCAAUUCCCCGGAAAAGGCGGCGGGGAGGAAGCCCAAGUUGAGGAUCUCGCGGAAUGGAGCGAGCUCCCCCUCGAGUCCCCCGGUGCACGACACCGUGACUCCGGCGCCGAGUUUGCGCAUAAAAAGAGUACCCUUGAGGGGAGCGCCGAUGCGAAGGUUAAGGAGAACGCCGCAGAGCGAGGAGGACCAUCCGCCGUCGCAGGACCAGGAGAAUCUGCCCAUGUCGGUGAUGAGGGCGGAUUCGAAAGAGCCGGAAUCAGUGAUGAAGGUUGCGGAGCCAGAGCCCAGCAAACCGUCGGCACAACCUUCACCUGUACCGGUACAAAGACACGAGCAGCAAGAGAAGCCAAUCCCUUUACAGAGCUUAAGUGCCAAUACGCCGCGCAGACCUGCACCUCCUCCCCCGCCGCCAAAGAUGUCCGUGUUAGAAACUGCCACCGCUGCUGCCGGGGCCGCAACAACAAAGUCAAGGGAAAGGAAAAAGCGAAGCGUCCUAACCGUCAAUGGAAAACACUACUCUCAAAUGGAUCGAAUAGGACGGGGAGGCAGCUCCGCCGUCUACAGGGUUAUGGCGGAAAAUUUUAAGCAACUGGCCCUCAAGCGCGUGAAGCUAGAAGACCAGGAUGAAUCCGCCGUCCGCGGAUACAAGGGCGAAAUCGAUUUGUUGCGAAAACUCAACAACGUCGAGAGAGUCGUCCAGCUCUACGACUGGGAAGUCGACGAGCAGCGCCAAAUCCUCAGCGUCUUGAUGGAACUCGGCGAAUCCGACCUGGCCCACAUCCUCCGCAUGAAAUACGACCCCCUCGACUCCCCCCUCGACCUCAGCUUCACCCGCUUCUACUGGAAAGAGAUGCUCGAAUGCGUCCUCGCCGUCCACGAACACGAUAUCGUGCACUCGGACCUCAAACCCGCAAACUUCCUCCUCGUCCGGGGCCGCCUCAAGCUCAUCGACUUCGGCAUCGCAAACGCCAUCGACAUCGACAACACGGUCAACGUGCAUCGAGACGCGCAUGUGGGGACCCCAAACUACAUGUCGCCCGAAAGCCUCAUCGACACGAAUCGCUCCUCCGGCGGGGCAGCGCUAGGCGGCGUCCACCACCAGGGGAAAAUGAUGAAGCUGGGCAAACCGAGCGACGUCUGGUCCCUCGGCUGCAUCUUGUAUCAAAUGGUCUACGGCCGGCCCCCCUUCGCCCACAUCCCCAACCAAAUGGCGCGCGUCUUCAAAAUCGUCGAUCCUAACUACGCCAUCGAAUUCCCCACCCGCGGCAUCGGCAACGUGCGCAUCCCCCAGGGCCUGCGUCACACGCUGCAGUCGUGCCUGCAGCGGGACCCCGCGCUACGGCCUUCGAUAGCGGAGCUGCUGAGCGAGAGGGAUGCGUUUCUGUAUCCGGAGAAUGGGUACCCGGAUCUGAUGAUUAGCCAGGAGUUACUCGGCCAGAUCAUUCAGAGGGUGGCGGAGAGGUGCGGGGAUCGCGAGAGGGGGAUGCCGACUGAGGACGAGAUAAGGGGGUAUGCGGGGAGUUUUUACGAGAAGAUCAGGGUGUUGAUGGAGAGGGAGUAG